UCAAUUUUUACAAAUUGUACAACCGCAUUGGUGUUUAUCAAGCACAUCUAGGUUCGUCGUCUAUACGCUGGCGGCUAAACUGCGGCAGGGGUCCUGCCACCCGAACAGCGCGCCAGAACUUUUUGCCCCCUCGAGCCAGCCCUGCCAGCAAAACUUCAACUCAUCAACGAGCUUCGACUUUAACAAUCAAGAGUUCCCAUGCGCAACGUGGAAGCUACGACGGACUCGUGCAUCUUGGAAUCGGGAUGAAGUCAGAUUAAUGACCAGCCAAAAUGUCGGACUCUGAUUUCGCGCAAAUCACGCGACUCCAGCAGGAGCGCAACGCGGCAAAGGCUGCAGAGAAAGGGUCGCGCCUUGGCUCAUCGACCCAGAGAACAGAUACGACCAAGCAGAAGCUGACAGACAGUGCCGAUAAUGAGCUGUAUGAUAAUGAUGGAGGAGACAAGUUUGCGGGAUACCACAACUCUCUGCCAAUGGGCAACGACGCCGAUGAGGACGACGAGAUGGGCGCCGAUAACACACGGCGCCUCGUUGGCCAGUACACAGCACCUCGCGAGCUCGUCGAUGAGUUUGCACGGGGAGGUGGCGUCGAAGAAGAGGAUAUCUUGGCCGGCAGGGGCGAAAACAGCGGCCGUAUCACCGACCGUGAGACCGACUACCAGAAGCGCCGAUUCAACCGUGUCUUAACGCCGACUCGCGCUGACCCGUUCGCCGAAAACCGCCAAGCUGGAGUGAAUGAGAAUGGCACCAACUAUCGCGAAGUCAUGGAACUCCGAGAACUCGAACGAGAGGAGGAGAGAGUGCGGCUAGCGAUCGAAGCGAAAGCCAACGGCCGGGAGCCUGAAGGCGACGAACCUAAGCCCACUCUCAUCGAGGGCGAUAAGGAAAACGCAGAGGCUGGAUCUACCGAGGCUGCCGCUGGACGCAAGCGCAAGAAGAGAUGGGAUGUUGCUACUGCGCCCACUGAGGAAGAGCCCGCGGCCGACGACGGUGCAGCCAAGCCCAAGCGAUCACGAUGGGACCAGACACCAUCGAUUGGUGGUCCAGACGGCGCUGAAGCACCCAAGAAGAGAUCACGUUGGGAUCAAGCACCAUCUACUACUGGUGCGACAGCGGUGGCCGUUCCUCAGCAAGCACCUGCAGUGCCGACUUCCUUUGGAACAGACAUUUCUGCCCGCAACCUGCCUCUAAGCGACGAGGAGUUGAACGAAAUGCUCCCUGGCGAAGACGAGGGAUACAAGAUUCUGGUACCCCCUCCUGGAUACGAACCCACCCGUGCGCCUACUCAUAGACUGGUUGCGCCAGUUGAACAGACAGGCUUCAUGAUGCAGGACCCGGAUCAGGUGCGGUUGGGAGGCAAGCCUAUGCCGGCGGAGAUCCCCGGUGUUGGAGACCUCCAAUUCUUCAAGCCCGAGGAUAUGGCCUACUUCGGCAAGCUUACGGAUGGCGCCGAUGAGAAUGCGCUUACCGUUGAUCAGCUCAAAGAGCGAAAGAUUAUGCGAUUGCUCCUUAAAAUCAAGAACGGAACACCGCCAAUGCGAAAAACGGCCCUGCGUCAGAUCACAGAUAACGCUCGACAGUUUGGAGCUGGUAGUCUGUUUGACCAGAUUCUCCCACUUCUCAUGGAGAAGUCUCUAGAGGAUCAAGAACGCCACUUGCUCGUCAAGGUUAUUGACCGCAUUCUAUACAAACUGGAUGAUCUUGUUCGCCCAUAUGUGCACAAGAUCCUCGUCGUUAUCGAGCCUCUUCUUAUUGAUCAAGACUACUACGCUCGCGUAGAAGGUCGUGAGAUCAUUUCCAACCUCAGUAAGGCCGCUGGUCUAGCUACGAUGAUUAGUACCAUGCGUCCUGAUAUCGAUCACGUUGACGAAUAUGUGCGAAACACGACCGCCCGAGCCUUUGCUGUCGUAGCUUCUGCCCUUGGCAUUCCCGCGCUGCUCCCCUUCUUACGUGCAGUCUGUCGAAGCAAGAAAUCGUGGCAAGCCAGACACACUGGUGUCAAGAUUAUCCAGCAAAUCCCUAUCCUUAUGGGCUGCGCUGUUCUACCUCACCUCAAGGGUCUUGUGGACUGCAUUGGCCCCAACUUGAAUGAUGAGCAAACCAAGGUUCGAACAGUCACCAGUUUGGCCAUUGCGGCUCUUGCAGAGGCCGCCAACCCAUAUGGUAUCGAGAGCUUCGACGAUAUCCUAAAUCCCCUCUGGACGGGAGCCCGCAAACAGCGUGGUAAGGGUCUCGCAGGAUUCUUAAAGGCUGUUGGCUACAUCAUUCCCCUCAUGGAUGAAGAGUAUGCAAACUACUACACUAGCCAAAUCAUGGAGAUUCUACUCCGUGAAUUCUCCUCACCCGACGAAGAAAUGAAGAAGGUGGUCCUCAAGGUCGUUUCUCAGUGCGCGGGUACCGAAGGUGUCACCGCCGGUUACCUCAAGGAGCACGUUCUUGAUGAGUUUUUCAAGAGCUUCUGGGUUCGCCGCAUGGCACUGGACAAGCGCAACUACAGACAAGUAGUCGAGACGACCGUCGACAUUGGCCAAAAGGUUGGAGUCAGCGAGAUCAUCGAGCGCAUUGUCAACAACCUCAAGGACGAGAGUGAGGCCUACCGAAAGAUGACUGUUGAGACGGUCGAAAAGAUUGUAACUAGUCUUGGUGCUGCUGAUGUCGGUGAGCGCCUAGAGGAGCGUCUUAUUGACGGUAUUCUCCAUGCGUUCCAGGAGCAGAGUGUCGAAGAUGUCAUUAUGCUCAACGGCUUCGGAUCUGUUGUCAACGCGCUUGGCACCCGAUGCAAGCCGUAUAUCCCCCAGAUUGUCAGUACUAUCCUCUGGCGACUGAACAACAAAUCGGCAACCGUUCGUCAACAGGCAGCCGACCUUAUCUCCCGUAUUGCCAUGGUUAUGCAGCAAUGCGGUGAAGAUGCCCUUAUGGGUAAGCUAGGUAUUGUUCUGUACGAAUACCUAGGUGAAGAGUACCCCGAAGUUCUUGGUUCGAUCCUCGGCGCUCUGCGAUCCAUUGUCACAGUCGUUGGUAUCUCGCAGAUGCAGCCGCCAAUCAAGGACCUGCUGCCCAGACUGACGCCUAUUCUACGAAACCGUCACGAAAAGGUGCAGGAGAACACUAUCGAUCUUGUCGGCCGUAUCGCAGAUCGUGGCCCUGAGAGCGUCAACGCUCGUGAGUGGAUGCGUAUCUGCUUUGAGCUGCUCGACAUGCUCAAGGCUCACAAGAAGGGUAUCCGCCGCGCGGCAAACAAUACAUUUGGUUUCAUCGCCAAGGCUAUUGGUCCUCAAGAUGUCCUGGCCACUCUUCUGAAUAACUUGCGCGUCCAGGAGCGUCAGUCGCGUGUCAACACCGCCGUUGCCAUUGGCAUUGUGGCCGAGACUUGCGCUCCCUUCACAGUUCUGCCUGCGCUCAUGAACGAGUACCGCGUUCCAGAGCUCAAUGUGCAAAAUGGUGUGCUCAAGUCUCUCUCUUUCCUGUUUGAGUACAUUGGCGAAAUGGCAAAGGACUACGUCUACGCUGUCACACCUCUGCUCGAAGACGCCCUCGUGGACCGAGACCAGGUCCAUCGUCAGACAGCUGCUUCGGUGGUUAAGCACAUUGCUCUGGGCGUCAUGGGCCUCGGCUGCGAAGACGCCAUGAUUCACUUGCUCAACCUUCUCUACCCGAACCUGUUCGAGACUAGCCCCCACGUCAUCGACCGCAUCAUCGAAGCCAUUGAAGCCGUACGCAUGGCUACAGGCCCUGGCGUCGUCCUCAACUACGUCUGGGCCGGCCUCUUUCACCCGGCUCGCAAGGUGCGAACGCCAUACUGGCGCCUCUACAAUGACGCCUACGUCCAAGCGGCGGACGCCAUGGUGCCAUACUACCCCAACCUAGAUGGCGACGAGAUCGACCGUCCCGAGUUGGCUAUCAUCUUGUAAUCUGAUACACAACAGCAAGGAGAGACAGAAACGCGGGACGGAAAGGCCGUUUCCCGCCAGGGAUAAAACCGAAGAGGGGGGGUGUGUGAAUUGGCGCUGGAGAACGGAAAAGUAAAAACACGUGUACUUUGUAUGGGCAUUUUGUUUUGUUUUUUGUUUAGUCCAGCUUCUUUUAGUUUUUAGAUACCGGCUCCAAGGGAAGUGGCGCCGGGCGACACUGGGUGUGUCUUCUCUAUGUUUUUUUAUCAUGUAAUUGCCCGGGGUUUAUCUCGUACAUAGCAUGCGACAUGGCGUUUUGUAAUACAAUUGAAACUUAUUGUUCACAGCAUCUUCGAGUCCGUUUAGAGUUCAGCAACCUGUGUGUGCAAGGGGCGUGCCUGGACAAGUCCAGCAUGUGCAGCUGAGCAGGCCUAGACCUGCGGCCGCGGGAAGAUCAAAUGUGUAACUUGGUGGAGGACGCCUGCUCAUCCAUCUCCAUGGACCUGGAAAUCUUGAUACCGUCCCGUCAAACCCUGCCCUCCUGUGCAACUUAGCCGGCUGCCCGGAUCGACCUUACCGUCAGUUUGUAGCAACUUGGGUUGACAUUGUCGCCACCGCCUCCCUAGGCUAGAACGGGUAUACCAUCCGUUGGCUGUUUACAAGGAUCUGAGGAAAUGUGACAGCUGCAGUUCCAAGAAACAGGCUGCUGGGUUCGUCGAGUUUAUCCGGGUCAAUCACAUUUGCAUCGAGACAUGCGGCACAGGUUCCAACGGGCGCGCGCCGUUGUUAGCCGUUGGAAAACUCGUGUCUCGGCCGGUCUACGGCGUGAACAGCACCACAUCUCACAGCGCCACCACGAACAAGGGUGAGGACUGUCGCAGUGAUUUCCGCUUACAUAUGCAAGUUGAAUCGACGAGGCGCCGAAAACAAAACAAAAAAAAAGAGAAGGUGAGCGAAGUGCUAGCGCAACGGCACAGCAGAGGUCGAUCGGUUCAAGCAACAUUCCACCUUCGUAGGCCAACGCCAUGGGGGCCGUUAGGUCGGUUGAUGCCCAACGGCCGAGUGACCAGAACAAGCAGACGAUGAAAAGAAAGGGAGCUGUGGGCUGCGGCGUUGUUGAGCUCAAUUCUCAGCCUUUGCAAACGAAACAGGCGAUCACGAUGAAAAAGUGGCUGUUUGAGGGCCUGCGAACCGUGAUCAUGGGCAGGGCCGUUGUAAAGGCUGCAUAGUGGCGUUUGUGUGCUUUUUGCCCGGUGGGACAUGAUUCGUCUGGCGGGCUGUAAUGGCUUGCAUUGGCUCGAUGCAAGGUUAAGCUGGCGAUAGGACGCCUACUCACUCCUCAGCACAAUACGUCUAUGUACGAGAGACAGCGACUGUCAAGCGGGGGUGGGAACUUCACAGUGGCUGCAUGGCUGAGAGUCGGUGAUAGCUGGUGAGGAGGUUGGCGCCGGGACGAGCAUUUCCGUGGACAGGGCUGCUGCUAUUACUUUCGUUUUCCGCCUUUGUCUUUUUACUUUUCUCUUAGACAUGCGUUUGUUGCCACGGCCUGUAAUGCAGAGGGUGAUCAUCCAGAUGGAUAGACAAAUAGAAUUUGCUGGUCACCCGAGAAGUCGGGAGAUCUGCGAAAGCCUCAGCAUACGAUGGCUGCACCCUCUAAUCACACUGGACAUGCGAGCACUGCAUUAGCGCUCUGCGUCAGCAGAGCAAGACGAUGAAUAUUAUCCGAAAGAAAGCCAAGCGUUGCCUAGCGUAGAGUGUCGCGCAGCAUCCUGGCUUUCCGUCGUGUUGAGGGCGGAUGGAUUUGGGCAUAGCUUUCGGCAGCGUUUUGACCGUUGUUGCUGGUUGGACCCUGCAUCAUGGCAGUUUCGCCGUCGGCCCUGCGUGUGACAGCACCUCUCUUGUUGACGGGAUUGAUUGGUGCCCAACUGCCGGCAUGGCCCUGCCUGUGCAAUCCCAGUGCCCCGGGACGUGACAUCCCCGUGAGCCUUGAGAGGCUGACGAGGGGCCACCAGGCGUCGAGCAAGUCGAGAGUCGGACGCUGACCGCAUCGCAGUUUAGUCUCCAAAAAAGAAACGUGG